CGCUCGUUAUUCACGCUUGCCUUUAUUGGAUGUCGCAUUGGUUGUUUGGACGCUACGGAGAUUAAUAUAAACACCUGCGGAUGGUUGAUCCAUGUUGCUGUAUACGCGUUGCGUUUGGUUUGUGUUGUAACCUAGCUCUCAGAUCUCAAUGAUCACCUUCCGGCCGGACUGAUCCCGUCUCCUGCUGCAAACCGCAGCCGGCGAGAGUAGGCUACCGCUGUCUCAGGAUGCAGGUGAAAAGCCCGAUGUGCGCCGAAGAGUCCCCGGGAGACAUCGAGACAGACGAGUGUCAGAAAAAGACGUCAUGUUUCUCCAACAUCAAAAUCUUCCUGGUGUCAGAAUGUGCGCUGAUGCUGGCCCAGGGUACCGUCGGUGCAUAUCUGGUGAGUGUGCUGACCACCCUGGAGCGCCGCUUUAACCUGCAGAGUGCGGACGUGGGCGUGAUCGCCAGCAGCUUCGAGGUGGGCAACCUGGCCCUCAUCCUCUUCGUCAGCUACUUUGGGGCGCGCGCCCACCGGCCCCGCCUCAUCGGCUGCGGCGGCAUCGUCAUGGCGCUGGGCUCGCUGCUCUCGGCGCUCCCCGAGUUCCUGACGCACCAGUACAAGCCCGAGACCGGGGACUUCCGACCCGCCGGCGAGGGCAGGGACGUGUGCGCCAACAGCUCCCGGCCGGGGGCCACGGACCCGGGCUACCUGUGCGGCAACAGGGCCAACACCAACAUGAUGUACCUGCUGCUGAUCGGGGCCCAGGUGCUGCUGGGCAUCGGGGCCACGCCGGUCCAGCCCCUUGGGGUGUCCUACAUCGAUGACCAUGUCAGGAGAGAGGACUCGUCUUUGUACAUAGGUAUCCUGUUCUCCACGCUGGUGUUUGGCCCUGCGUGUGGGUUCAUCCUCGGCUCCUUCUGUACAAAGUUCUACGUGGACGCCGUCUUCAUAGAUGCCAGAGAGGUGGAAAUCACGCCCGACGACCCGCGCUGGAUCGGCGCCUGGUGGGGCGGCUUCAUCCUCUGCGGCUUCUUCCUCUUCCUCUCCUCGCUCUUCAUGUUCGGCUUCCCGCAGUCGCUCAUCGAGGGCCCGGAGGGCAGCGGCGGCGAGAGCCAGCAGGCCAUGCUGCCCGCCGAGCUGGCGCAGGAGUACGAGGGGCACGCCGCCCACGACCUCAACAGCCUCAACAGCGGCCUCACCUGCUGCCAGCACCUGCAAAUCAUCCCCAAGGUGACAAAGCACCUGUUGUCCAACCCGGUGUUCACCUGUGUGAUUCUGGCUGCGUGCAUGGAGAUCGCCGUGGUAGCGGGAUUCGCUGCCUUUCUAGGGAAGUACCUGGAGCAGCAGUUCAACCUGACAACCUCGUCAGCCAAUCAGCUACUGGGCAUGACAGCCAUCCCGUGCGCGUGCCUGGGCAUCUUCCUCGGGGGUCUGCUGGUGAAGCGGCUAGACCUGUCGGCGCUGGGGGCCAUCCGCCUGGCCAUGAUGGUCAACGUGGUCUCUACCGCCUGCUACGUGUCCUUCCUCUUUCUGGGCUGUGACACGGGGCCCAUCGCCGGGGUCACCGUUGCCUACGGAAACGAGUCUCUGGGUACGUGGCAGAAGGCUGACGCUGCAUGCAUAAGCGGCUGUGACUGCUACACCACCUCACUCAGCCCAGUGUGCGGAUCCAACGGAGUCACCUACCUCUCCGCAUGCCUCGCCGGCUGCACCAAACCAGACCUGAUGGGUUGCAGGUGCAUCUCCCGGGGCAACAGUGUGGGCACGGCUCUGCCGGGGAAGUGCCAGAGUGCAGGCUGCCAGCGGGCAUUCCUCACCUUCCUGGCGGUGGUGUGUGUCUGCAGCAUGAUUGGAGCCAUGGCCCAGACACCCUCCGUCAUCAUCCUCAUCAGGACUGUGAGCCCGGAGCUGAAAUCCUACGCUCUUGGAGUUCUGUUCUUGUUGCUACGGCUACUUGGUUUCAUCCCUCCUCCUCUGAUCUUUGGCAUCGGGAUCGACUCCACCUGCCUCCUGUGGAGCCACGCGUGCGGCAUGCGUGGCGCCUGCCUGCUCUACGACAACGUCACCUACCGCCACCUGUACGUCAGCAUCGCCAUCGCGCUCAAGUCCUGCGCCUUCGUCCUCUACACCGUCACCUGGCUCUGCCUGCGCCGCCACUACGACCGCUACAUCCGCAACAACGAGGGCUACCUCACGCCCAGCCAGCUGUUCGCCUCCAACGUCACGCUCGACAACCUGGGCAAGGAGAUCACGCAGAACCCCGUCAACCGCACCAAGUUCAUCUACAACUUGGAGGACCAGGACUGGAACGAGAACAUGGAGUCUGUCAUCUAAGAGAGGAAAAGGACGAAGAGAAGAGAGAAGGAGAAGAGAAGAAGGAAACAAACGCAGACGAGAGAGAGAGAGAUAGACUGGGCGGGGAGGAGAUGGGAAGAAGGAAGAAUAGCCGUGAGGAAUGGAGGAGGUGCAGGGAGUUGAGAGCUAGAAAAGGAGAAGGUGACAUGAGCACAGGAGAGAAGAGGAAAGAGGAGCAGAGGAGCAGAGGACAGGUGAGAUCAGGAGACAAAGAGAGAGGAGACGCCAUGUUUGAGGCCUUUCUCCCCUUCACUCUAUUUCAUCUCCACCCCCCAUCCCCCUUUAACGUGCAGAGCAAGGCUUCUGACAUGAAAAGAAUGAUGAUUGGAUGCUUCUACAAAAGGCUAAUAAUACCAGAAAUGAGUGACUGGCCACUUAGAACACACUAAAAUAGCAUUAAUCCAUGGUACACUUAGAAUACACUAAAAAACAUUAAUCCACGGCGACAGAAGAGAGCAGGCUGUGCUUACAAAUUCAGCGUGCUGAUUUUAGUACUCAUUUCAAGUAAUGACAUUGAUGUUUCUCCCUUGAAAAGAGAAGCAUCUGAAACCACAAUUGACUAACAUCAGAAACAUUGAAAAAUUGGCUUCAGGCUUCAAAAUUGCCCCACUGUGGGAAAAAAACAUUGUAUCCAGUUCAUCCUCCUUUAUAUUCUCUCUGUCUUAGUUUCCCACGGUUUGGAAAGGGUAACAGUUCCUUUUCUGCUCCUCUUUCCCAAAACAUUAGAGGGGUGUCAUCUCGCCAAGGAAAUAGAAGUCUGUUAGGCCAAAAAGGAACAGAAAAAAAAAACUUUGUAUGCAUCUUUCCAAAACAAUGUUAAUUAUUUAUUUGUGUAUAAAUUAUUUUUUCAUGAGUGUAUGAAUGUUUUUGGAGAGUUACAGCUUAUCCCUUUACUUACUUGAAUACGGAGAGUAUUAUUGGGAGUAUUGUCAGGAGUAUUUUAAUAUAAUUCUGAGUAUUAGGAUGGAGCAGUACACAGGGUUUGUACUAUUGACAGAUUCUGCUCUGAAAUGAAUUUUGAUUAGUCAUAUUUACUGAUUUCCAGGUCAUUUGUGAUCUUUUUACUCAUGCUGAAAUAAGCUUGUUUUUUAUUUACUUUGUAAAUCAAUGCAGUACAUUUUUGAUUGUGUGAAAUGAUGGUAGUUCAGUAGAGGGACAGAAAUAGUUGCCUACGUUGAUGUAGUAUGUGAUGGAGAUUGUUUUAGGAGAUCCCUGUAGUUUCAGGGUGAGUUGUGCCCUCGGUGGAGAUUUAGGGUCAAAUCCCAGCCUGCAUCCCAAGAGCUGAAACUCCUCAGCUGAUCUGUGGUCUGUAACACAGAAAUAUGUAUUAUGUAGAAAGAAAUCUGUUGCAUCCCAGGCAUUAUAUUAUUCUAAAAUCUGUUUGUAAAUCAAGUCCCCAUCGUGAACGGUUAUUAUUCACGGGAGAGCUGGCGAAUCUCAUUGUAAAGCCAGAUGUUGUCGGUGCUUUGUCUUCUACCCAGUGUUCAAGUUUAUGUGCAGAAUCAGGAGGUACCACAAGGCAAGAAUUACUUCUAAUACAAAUCUCGUAAAAAGUAAAGGGUGAGUAAAGGCCAGAAUCUUCAAGACAGCAGGCACAGACAAGCCACACAAGACAGUUAGACGGAUAGCCACAACCUGUAACUGGGUAGGCAGCCAGGUUCUACCUAGAGCUAAGAUUAUACAGAGGGUUUGUGUAGGGUAAAGGUGCAGUCUGUGAUUCUUAUCCCAUACACGUUUUGUAAAAUUCUGGCUAGUUGUCUGUUUAGUGUUUUCACAAAAAAUAGCCCCAGUGUUUGCACACAGACCUGGCUCAAAUGGGAAACAUAGUGGAUUGGAUAAUAAAAUAAUCCCAGCCAAUCACAUAGUGCUUUAGGAGCAUGAUAGGAGGGGGUGUUGAAAACAAAUGUGAACAACCUACUGCAACAUUUUAAUUUGAAUUUCAGACUGCAUCUUAAAGUUGAUAACACAGUGGAGUGACAAGACAAUCCUAGUAGAGACAUUUGUGGUAAAGGUCUGUUGUCUUGCCUCAAGCUACCUGAACAGUAUUCCUGCAAGGGGGGUUUAAGCUUCCUUUUGUUGUUCCAUUGUCCAUAUUCACAUGAAGAGAAACGUCCUUCAUCCCUCUUACUUCUUGAGUUCAAUCCUGGUACCCUGUGUUUGGAGACUGAUGUUGUUGACAGAUUAGUCAUUUUCCUCCCUCACUUACCUUGAAUCCCACAAAGAGAGCAUGUGACUGUUCCCAGAGAAAGGGUUUAACAUGGUCCUCAGCUGGAGUCUGGUAUGCAAGAUGCUUUGUUUUUAUCGAAGUGAAUUGGGGUAUAAUAUUGUAGGCCUACUGAGCAUAUGCUUAGUUAGUUUAUUGUGGAUCUGUUGAUUAGUAUGAUGUAAUACUGACGCAGAGGCUGUUUUGUUUGUUUUUUAAAGGGUACUGAACAUGGGUUUUAGAGUGGAACUCAAUGGUGGUUUAGCAUGGCACAGAGCCAGAGUUUAGGGGGGAGUAGUUUGCGGCUGAGAAGGCAUGUUUGCUUGGUUACCUGCCUGAAAAGAAAAUGCUGUUCUUGCUUGAAUUUGCUUGUUAAUGCUGCCAAAUCAGAUAUAAUGGUAUAUUUUAUUUCUAAUCCAGUAGUUUUUCUGUAGAACGCAGUUAAAUACAUGUGGCCA